AUAUAUAAGGAUAUUUAUGUUCCGAUCGAGUAAACGAGGAGUUUAAAAAAGUUGAAAAGGAUCUUUUAUCAAAAAGGACCAUAUUCCUCGGCGAUUUAUAAUUUCUUCGAUUGUGUAGAUACUGUGAUAUAUCGGUAAUAAUAUACGCGGGUGUAGUUUAGAUAAUUCGAUCUCUUAGAGAUACGUGAAUUUAUUUUAUUUUUCGUUUUAUUAGUCAGUGAAGUGCCCUUUGGCCAUCGAAUGAGUAACUUUCAAACGAUAUCUUUGAUCUCCUUGAAGACCGACCAGUUCUGAUUAAAUUUCUCUGUCAUUUUUUGUGCGACAUCAUUCACGAAGCGGCAUCGACUAUGGUAGUAUUGAGUCGCGUUGGUUCGCCGACUAUGUCAGCGACUGUCGCCGGUAAUCAGCAACAACAUCCUCAUCAGGAAUGGGAUAUCAAUGACUCAAAUGUUCCAAGGGUCGUGGAAUACGAUCCGUGGUGCGAAUGGGCGGAUGGCCACGUACGAAGGGUAUAUGGACCGGAUUGCGAAGAAGCAAGAAGACAUGCAUCUGGCUGGGCUAUGAGAAAUACAAACAAUCACAACGUCAGUAUCCUUAAAAAGUCUUGCCUCGGAGUUUUAGUCUGCUCGCAGGAAUGCAUAUUGCCUGGCGGUGGAAGGGUACAUCUCCGACCGGCGAUUUGCGACAAGGCUAGAAAGAAGCAACAAGGUAAACCCUGUCCAAACAGACAAUGCACUGGUCGCUUAGAAAUUUUAUCCUGUCGCGGCCAUUGCGGCUAUCCCGUUACUCAUUUCUGGCGGCAUACCGAACAUGCGAUAUUCUUCCAAGCCAAGGGACAACACGAUCAUCCACGACCAGAAGCAAAGUCUACUUCCGAAGCUAGAAGAAGCGUAGGCGCUGGCAAAAGGGUCAGAGGAUUAGCGGUUUUACUCGCAAGGGAGGCUGCUUUAGGUUCCAAGCUAAUGUCACUGAGGGGAACGAAAAGGUCAAAUACAGAUUCUGUCGAACAACCUCCAAGAACUGCAGCACCACCACCAUUGAUCUCGGACAAAGGAUAUUCCUGUUCUUGUCCACCUUUCGAAUGCAUGUGUGCCAUGCAAACGAACGUUUCAUCGUAUCAGCAACAGCAUCAACAAACCACUAUCUAUAACCAACAAACACCAUCGACUGAAUCAUAUUGGUUACCUGAUACGAUACCUAUGCAAGAAAAUACCGUAGGUUAUUGUCUACCAAAUCAAAUACCACAGGAAGCAUCCUAUCCUGAAUUUCCAACAUUUACCAGUGAUCUCUUCCAACCGGAAGAAAUCUUUCAAUUAGAUCAACCAUUACGACCGGACUUUCCAAUAAAUUCUCAAGACGUUGCUAGAUCACCACCGACUUUACUUGAUUUGGGAAGUGGUACCAUCAAAUACGAAGUAAAACAGCACAAUCAAGAACAACUAUAUUGGAAUCAAUUUCUAAGCGAAGAUUCGAGCAGCAGUCAUCUUAGUAUGCCUCAAGACGAGAGACUUCAAUUCCCUGCAUUUGACACAGACAAAGACACAGGGUUCGCCUCGAGGAAAUCAAUGAAUCAAUACGUUUCUGAAAAGGAUCAGAAUCAGAGUCAUUCUCUCGAGGAUGCAUUGAACUUUCAAGGAUACGGUCGAACGCAAACUCCAAAACCUUUUACAAACGAUCGUGUUAUAAAGAACGAUCAGGAUCAUCAGCCAUAUUGGAGUCAGUCUCAUCUGGACGAUCGACUUCAUUUCCCUGGUUUUGACGCACACAAGGAAAAUAUUUUAUCAUCCAGAAGAGAUGUUGACUCUUUCAACAAGGACUGUCAGGGUACCAUGAUCGACAGAGCGAAUUACGGAACCUAUCAAAGACCGAAGAACGACAUGGCACUGACUGAUCCUAAUCGUUCCGAUCGCAGUCCCGUCUCUGAAAACAGACAUCCCUAUUCCUUCGACGGCUAUCAAAUAUUUGAGGACUCAAAUUCAAAAAAUCAUCAAUCGAUCGUUCGACCGUCUCAUCCAAGAUCGAAUAACAUCGGACUUGACGAAAGAUCUCAAAACGUUUAUGGAACGCAAGAGACGAACCCUGAAGUGACCGAAAGACUCUUUCCUGAGGCCCCGACGAUCGAGCCCCCUGUACAAUCUCAAAAUAGUCCAGAACCUUUCUUCUAUUCAAACAACGAUCGUUGUCAUUACACCUGUGAGGUCCUUGAUACCCGAUUGCCUCAAAUGACAAUGACAAACACAGCUCCCGUUCAUCAUCCAGUUAACGGUUACAGUGACGUCGCUGAUAUAGAUCUCCCACCAUUCGUAGACUAUACUCUCGUUGGGAUGCUGUGCAGUUCUACAGAGGAGGAUACGACGACAAGUAUGAUGACUGGCUGUCCUCCGAACUCUCAAGCUUUCGUUCCUCAUCACUAAAAAACAAAGAAAGAAAGAUAACACGUUCCUUCGUCCGACAUAUGAAUUUGUAUUAUAAAUAAAUAUAUUACGUUAGUUGCACCACGAAUAACUGUGCAAUAGAGAUUUAAUCCCAUUUAAUCAGACCUAUGUGUUUACAAGUACAUAAUACACAUAUAUAUGUAUAUAUAUGUACUUCAAGAAAGGGUGAAAAGGAUAAGAUUGAGGGAAUAGCUCCUACACGAAAGUACUCGAGUUCUCUAUAUAACUUUGAAAAAAGUCACAUCGUUUAUUUGUAAUUGUAUUUAUUCGUAACAGAUACUCUCACGAUCACAAUUGUAUGUAUAUUAUGUAAUAUUAUUGUAUACCUAUGGGUUACACUUUCUCGAUUACAUACGCAAUAUCUUUUUUUUCGCCUUAUUUCUUUCUUCUUCUUCUUCUUCUUCUUCUUAUUUCUUUUUUUUUUCUUUUAGUUCUUUUAAAUCUCUUUUAUUCUCGAUCAUUGGCAAACGUAAAAGAGAGGAUGCACGAACGAAACGGGUGCGAAUCCGUCUACGCAAACAACGCACGUCAACCAACGAGAGAGGAUACCCAUGUGAAUAAUUUAUAUAUAUAUAUAUAUAUAUAUAUAUAUAUAUAUAAAACAUAUUUCCUUUCUUUUAUAGUAUUUUGAGAAAGAACUAUCCGAGAUUUAGAAUUAAAAAAUAAUUAAAUAAAAGAAUGAGUCAGUUAUGAACCAUUUUGAGUUACAAUUAUAAAAAGAAAAAAGAACAAAAAAAGAAGAAAAGAGAAUAGAAAUGAAAAUGAAAAAAGAAAAAAACCAACAAGGACAAGUGGAAAAAAAAAGCUUUCUCUCGUUGAUACGUUUCGUUAUGUCAAUUAUGUUUGCGAAUCAGAGCGAACAAAUUCAUACUUUAAAGUUCUUUUAGCUCGAUAUUGCCACAGCUCAGAUCUAACGUAAUCAAAUGUCUCAUCAAAAUGUUUUAUUUAAUUAUGAUCGAUUGUUCAAAAACAAAAAAGAAAGUAAAAGUAAACCAAUAAUAGAUUAGUUCCAUUUUCUGUCUCUUAUCGCUAUCAUAUACCUUAUUCUGUUAGAGUUCCCUUCUCGUGGUUCUAAAUACUAUCUGAAGAAAAAAGAGAGAGAGAAAGAGAAAGACAAGGGGAAGAAGGAAAGAGAUAAGAUAGAUAAAUAAAGAAGAGAGAGAGAGAAAGAGAGAGAGAGAGAGAGAAGGGAAAAGUUAAGAGAAAAGAAAGAAAUGAUUUUACAAAUUAUUUGAAUAACAUUCUUAUCAAAACAGAUCACAAACGUGUAAAACGAACACACACAUUUUAUCUAUACACACACACAUACAUACAUACAUAUAUAUAUAUAUAUA